UCACGCGCUCCUGAUCUCCGUACUAUACAACACAGAUUGCAAUACGACACAACAUAAAAACAACACUCGAUACACGUCGAGAACUUGUACGACUAGUUAGGCUUGCUGAAGAGUCAAGUUGACAUCAUGUCCACGGUGAGCGCGCUGCCUUUCUUCAAGCCCCUCCACGCGUCCGCGUCUCCCGCGAGACAGCGGCGUCACACACUUCCGGCCAGCGAGUUCCGCUCCCUGAACACCGAGGAUGCGAUCAGUGUGUUCGAGAUCGAGAGAGAGGCGUUCAUCUCAGUAUCUGGUGAGUGUCCACUGCAUCUGGACGAGGUGCGUCAAUUUCUCACCCUCUGCCCAGAGCUGUCCCUCGGGUGGUUCGUGGAAGGCAGGCUCGUCUCCUUCAUCAUUGGCUCACUUUGGGACCAGGAUCGUCUUACCACAGAAGCUUUGACGCUUCACAAACCUCAUGGCACCACGGUUCACAUCCACGUGCUUGCGGUGCACCGUACAUUCCGGCAGCAGGGCCGAGGUUCCAUCCUGAUGUGGCGCUACUUGCAGUACCUGCGCUGUCUUCCAUACGUGCGCCGUGCUGUCCUUAUGUGUGAGGAUUUCCUUGUGCCCUUUUACCAGAAAUCUGGCUUCAAGGUUCAGGGCCCAAGUGAGAUCACUGUGGGGCCGCUGACCUUCAUGGAGAUGCAGUAUGCCGUGCACGGUCAUGCCUUCAUGCGCCGCAACAGCGGUUGCUGAGUUCAAGCGGCUAACGUUAUUCCUCUCCUUACCCCAGAUGACAAAGCAGGGUCGAGCAGGAGGCUUAUUCUGCUGGGGAAGUUUUGUUGCGGCUUCUGCUUCAAGUGUGGGUUACGUCUGUGGUGUCACUAGGUGUUUGUCUGCAAUUAAUGUAAAGUUGAUAUAAAAAAAAGAAAGGAUGAAAGUAAAUGAUAAA